UAAUCCUGCAGCUCCGUUCUCCUGCCCACAGGUUCUCGAUGUGAUCCCAAGCAGGAUGCACCAUGUCUCCCCGGCACCAGCUCUGACCAUGAUGGCCACGCAGACAGUGCCUCCUCCUCCCUACCAAGACACCCCACAGAUGACAGCCACAGCCCAGCAGCCCACCAAAGCCCAGCCCGUGCACCUCACCACGCCGGCGGCGGCUGCCAACGCGCCGGUGCCGGCCGCGGGCGGCGACCCCCAGGCGCAGCUGGAGGCCGACAAGAGGGCUGUCUACAGGCACCCGCUGUUCCCACUGCUGACGUUGCUCUUCGAGAAAUGUGAGCAGGCGACGCAGGGCUCUGAGUGCAUCACCUCGGCCAGCUUUGAUGUCGACAUUGAGAACUUUGUCCACCAGCAGGAGCAGGAACACAAGCCCUUCUUCAGCGACGACCCCGAGCUGGACAACCUGAUGGUGAAGGCAAUCCAGGUGCUGCGCAUCCACCUCUUGGAGCUGGAGAAGGUCAAUGAGUUGUGCAAGGACUUUUGCAACCGUUACAUCACCUGCCUCAAAACCAAGAUGCACAGUGACAACCUACUCAGGAAUGACCUGGGGGGGCCCUACUCCCCCAACCCCUCCUCCAUCAGCCUCCACCCCCAGGAGAUGCUGCAGAGCUCUCCAGCUGCGUUGCCACCGGCGUCCAACCCCGCUCCGGGCAUCGUGGUGCCCGCGGCCACGCUGCCACCGGGCAACCUGGCCAUGGGCACCGGCAGCAGCUCGCCCGCCGUGCCAGGUGGAGCCUUGUACCAGCCUGUGACAAUGGUGACGUCGCAGGGCCAGGUGCUCGCCCAAGCCAUCACCCCUGGUGCCCUGCAGAUCCCCAAUGCCCAGGUGAACCUGGAUCUCACCUCCCUCCUUGAUGGUGAGGACAAGAAGUCCAAGAACAAACGGGGCGUCCUGCCCAAGCACGCCACCAACAUCAUGCGCUCAUGGCUCUUCCAGCAUCUCAUGCACCCCUACCCCACAGAGGAUGAGAAGAGGCAAAUUGCCGCCCAAACCAAUCUGACCCUCUUGCAAGUCAACAACUGGUUCAUAAACGCCCGGCGGCGCAUCCUGCAGCCAAUGCUCGAUGCCAGCAACCCGGACCCAGCCCCCAAAGCCAAGAAAAUCAAAUCCCAGCACCGGCCCACGCAGCGGUUCUGGCCCAACUCCAUCGCCGCCGGCGUCCUGCAGCAGCAGGGGGGAAAUUCAGGGACAAAUCCUGAUGGUUCGCUCAGCAUGGACAACCUCCAACCCCUCUCAUCAGCCACUGCCACCAUGGCCAUGCAGCAGGCGAUGCUGGCAGCCCAUGACGACUCCCUGGAUGGCACCGAGGAAGAGGAGGAGGAUGAGGAGGAUGAGGAUGAGAUGGAGGAGGAGGAGGAAGAGGAGGAAGAGCUGGAGGAAGAGCCUGGCGGCCUCCCAGCAGCACCUGGCGCUGACCUUGGUUUGGACCACAGUGACUCACUGGAAUAGCUCCCCCUGCACCCUCCCAAAUCAUUGACAGCACCAGAUACAAAAUUCCCCCUGAAAUGCAAAAAAGAAAAGGCAAGAAGAAGAAAUUAGUGAGAAAAAAGCGAACUGGUGGUGCUGGCAGAGGCCCUGGCUGCCCGCAGGAGCGCGGGGACCACCAUGGCAGCGCACGGAAGUGAAGGACACACGUUUACAAGGCACAUAUUGUGGCCAGAUUAAUCCUUUAUUUCAGGUUUUAUUUUUCUUUUUCCCUUCAUUUUUUUGGUAAGCAAAAGCAUUUUUAGGGGAAGUUGUUUUCCCCACGUGACGCUCGGAUGCUGUUGGGCAGUGGCGGGUGGGCCACGGCCUCCAUCCCUUGGAUUUCUUGGUGCAAAGAAAAGCCAAACCAACCCCAGGACUUGAUGCUUUUUGGAUUUUUCCCCCAGAAAGGUCAUUCACAGGAGUAAAUACUGGCAUGGAGGGGGAAGAAAAAUAAUCAGCGAGUGCAAAUUCUGCGAUAUCCGAGGAGGGCUUGCUGCUCGACUCAUGGGAUUGCCCAAACCUCCCAACUCUGGCCCUGAUGUUUGGUGACUCUGGACACAACUUUCUGGAAAAGGGAGGAAAUUCUUCCAAAUCCUUUAAUUUAUGAGCUGAAACCUCUGCUGAAUCUGAAAGGAAAACCAACUCACCCCGUUCUCAUCCUUAAGGGCCGAGAUUGGAUGCAGAGUUGGGGCAAAGGCUGCCGAAAGUAAAACUUUUCCAAGGCAUUUUGGCACAGAGUUAGUUAAAAAUGGGGAAAAAUUGGUCUUAAAAAUAGCAAGAUUUCACCCAAAAUUGAAUGGCGAUGCCCAAGACUCGCCUGGGUGGAAGGAAACUCAGUAUUAUUGCUUAAAAGAUAAUUUCUCCCUGGUAUUGUCCCUCCACAUGGGAAAAGGGUGGAGCUUUAGCCCUGUGGGGGAGGGAAGCUGCCAAAAACCCUGUAUUUUGGGUUUUUUUUAUUUGAAAUGCUAUCAAAAGGGUGUACUCGCCUUAAAAUGUGGCAUGGGAGGAAAUGCAAAAGCAAACCAGGGCAAAAAUAAAGGAAUUGUCUUCUGCAGGUUCCUGCUGUAAAUGUGAGAUUCUAGGAGAAGGCUCAUUCUCUUGGUGGCUUUUUGCCCAUAUUGUCCUUUUUUUUUCCUGGCUCUUGAAGAGUUGACAAAAGAACCUGAACGAGAGCUGGGAUCAAAACCACAAGUGAUGCAAUGGGCAGAAAUUGCCUAUUUUUGGAUACUAAUCUGGCGUGAAUGUAAUCUGUAAUUUCAUAAAGGAUUCAUUGUAAUUUAGUAUUAA